UGUGGGCCGAUAAGAACAUUUGUUUGAUAGCAAAGAUAAAGCUGUAGUGGCAAGUGCGCCUCUCGAUCAGUGGUAGCAAGAUGGUAUAGUGUACUGAAGAGCCAAGUGCGACGGUGUGUGUUGGUGUGAAUACUGAAUCACAGAAGACAUCUCUGAAGAUUUUAUUUCCGAUACAUUUGACAAAGACAGAAGAAAGGAGAAAAAAUCACAAUAGCCUGACAAAACAAAGAACAAUGGCACGGGUAUCACAGUGGCCUUAGAAAAAAAAAAAGAAAAAGAAAAGAAAAGUAAAAAAAAAGAGAAACAAAAACAAAAAUAUAAAAUAUUUCCUUUGUUCGCGAGAUGCUCCUGGUGAGAAAUCCGUGACGUCACCACUCCAACACGAUGCUAUAUCCCAACCUGACCGAGGAAAGCACGAAAGUCAGCUGCAACGAAACAUGUUGCAUCUACAGCGACAACAAAACCAUCUGUUUCGGUGACUACAACUUCACCGACCGCACGAACCUCACUUUCCCCGAACCCUGGGAACUCGGCGUCAGGUAUGCGUUCGCGUCACUCACCAUGCUCGUGGGAGCGUCGGGGAACCUCUGCAUCAUCAUCAUCCUCCUCAAGAACAAAAUCCUCCUCAGGACGUCGGUCAACCACUUCAUCCUUAACAUGUCGGUGGCGGAUCUUAUAACGUCGUUGGCGGGACCGAUUCCCUUCACCAUACGAGACACGCACCAGCUCUGGGUACUGGGCGAGACGUGGUGCCACCUGGAGGGAUACAUACAGAUCCUGGUGAUGCUGGUGAGCGUGACGUCGCUGGCCACCAUCAGCUUCGACCGCAUGAUGGGCGUCGUGUAUCCGUUCCACAAGCACCUCGGCUCCUGGGGCUCGCGGGCCAUCAUCCUCGGCUUCUGGCUCCUGUCGGCCGUGCUCGCCCUGCCCUUCAGCUUCUACAGGGUCUAUACGGUGCGGAUCUGGCAGGACAUUACGGAGCGCACGUGCGGCGAGCAGCGCGACGAACUCCGCAUCUGGUGGAUCGCGGUCAUCAUCGCCCUCACGUGGCUGCCGCUGCUCAUCAUGGUCAUCUCGUACACGGUCAUCUUCGUGUACCUUCGGAAGGGCGUUCCGGUCACGGCCAGGAGAGAGCACCCAGCCAUCCUGCACCUGAAGAAGCGAGUGGUCAGAAUGAUGUUCGUGAUCGUGUUGGUCUUCAUCCUGAGUUGGCUGCCCUUCCAGAUCAUGAAAAUCUUCGAGGACAAAUACAUCGAUGACUCUGGCCAGUAUUUGCCUGAUAAAGAAGCUGAGUAUAAGGUAUUGCUGAGCGUCUCUCAUUACAUGAUGUACACCAACACGGCCGUGAACCCUCUGAUAUACGCCCUGAUGCACCAGACUUUUAGGCGGGCGUUUAGGGUGACGUUCACUUGCUUCUAUCGCAAGAAGCCGUCGCUCAUUCUUCGCCCAAGUCGGGGAACCAACCGCUACGUGUGGUCCACCGACGGCUCCGUCUAUGCUGACAACAUGAACAAGCAGAAGCUGAAGUUGCGAGACCGCCUCCGCAGGGCCCCACACGUCACGCCCCAAGCCCUGGUGUGCACGCCCGCCCUCGCCGCCUCCAUCGCCCUCCAACAGAGCAUCCAGAGGAGCUCCUCCGACGCCGAGGACAAGGAGGAGGUGCCGAUGACCCAGCUGGAGGCCCCGCCCGCGAAGACCAAGGACCGCCUGAGCGCCUUCGUGAACGAGGGGUACGUCCGGGACCUGUCGCAGCGGAGUCUGUCGGUCGCGAGCACGGGCGCCCUCGGACACCUCAUCACGGAGGUUAUCGAGGAGGAGAGUUCCUCCGACGUGGACAACAGCGAGAGGAUACUGUAGCGACGCUGAAGUGAUACGUUAAUAAAGCCGACGGAAGGAUGCUGUAACUGCUGAACUUUACAUCCGUCACUUAACCAUUAACAUCACAAACAAUUACGAAGGGAUGGCGACGUGUACAUAAGUUCCUGUGUGUGUUUUAUUACUGUAUAUAUUUAUUUCUAAGAGAGCGUGCCCCUGUGGUAGUGUGUCUGUUAUUAAUGAGUGCUUAUGUACUGAUAUCUGAGUAAAUGUGUUGUAAAAACGUUAGAAAUAGAUUAGGCUUUUAGCGAUGCUUCGAUACACAUCCAAGGCAACCAGUCGAGAGCGCGUAGAGGAGCUUAAACGGUAAAUAAAGAGUAAGACGAAUAAAGUGCCUUUGCAUGCGGCUGAAUUCACCCAUCGGAAGAAAGCUGGACCGUGUGUGAAACGAGUAUACUAAUAGCCAUGUGUGGGAUGGGUAAUGAGUGGGAAUAUGUGCGUAUAUAUACGCAUAUACAAAUGCACACACACACACACACACACACACACACACACACACACACACACACACACACACACACACACACACACACACACACACACACACACACACACAUCUAUCUAUCUAUCUACCUAUCUAUCUAUCUAUCUAUCUAUCUAUUUAUGUAUAUAUGCAUGUAUGUAUGUAUGUAAAUAAACAUUUACACACACACACACACACACACACACAUACACACACACACACACACACACACACACACACACACACACACACACACACACACACGCACACACAAAAGGAGAGACGGACAACGUUCUUCGCUGCUCCUUAUCUUCAAAAAGGAUGUAUAGUAAACCUUUGAACUUGUACAUAGCUAUUUAUGACUGCUACAUGUAUGCAAUCAUGUCCGCUGAUGCAUGUUUCCUUUCAGAAGCCACAGUAACAAAGGAAUAUUUGUAAACAUAGCAAUAGAACAGCAGAUUGAUAAUGCAAUCUAUUCUGUAUAAUCUUUCACAAAUAAAAGUCGAAAACUC